GAGGACAAACUGAUCCGAGAGUUGGCCCCGAAGUACGACUUCCAUUGGGUGAAACUCGAGGAACACAUCAAAGGCCGAAACGCCCGACAGAUCGCCAGUCGUUACGAAUUGCUCGUAAAGUACGGGAAGAGUACUAAAAAAGUGGCGAAGAGUGUGAAGAACCGAAUGACCCGAACGCUGACCGUUAGGAACCAGUUGUACGAAAAGAUACGGCAAAUGAUUAACCGUCAGAACAAAGAGACCGAGAAUUUAGAUAAGAUAUUGCGAAUUGGAAGACAAAAGUUGGCCAAAAAGCUGGAAAUGGAAAGACUCGGCAUUUCGGUCAACAAUAAGGGCCGACCGAAGAGGACUCAAGUCGAGGAGAAUCUGGACGCGAAGAUCGUCCGAAUGUUUGCCUCCUAUGAUCACAAGUCGAGUCCCAAGAAGUCUAUUUGUAAUGAAGACCACUGCGUGUACGACACCACCAAAAACGUGGUCAAAGAGCUGCUGACCGGCGAGGCGUUUGAGUCGCGCACAGAACUCGCGGAAUCAAUUCGCCUCCUAAUGCACGAAAUGGUCACAAGACAUGCGGUCCCGAAGUCAGAGACCAGCGAUGAGGUCGUGACCGAAACUGUGAUCGCAACCGAUAUGACCGACGAGUUGACGGCCGCCACCACUAGUCAAGAAUCGGUGUCCGCCAGCACUAGUCAACCGGCGGUACAGACCGGCCAUCAAUGGAAGGGACCGCCAAUACUGCCGCCCAAUCGCACAACAGUUAAAGGUCUUCGCGGUCUUCUCAUUCAUUCCGAUUACUUCUCCAAAACUAUCGCAAAAUCACAGAUUCCUUUGGAAAAGUUUAGGGAAUCGUUGGAAGGAAGCGAUGAGUACCGCAAACUCUUCGCACAAUUCAAGUCACUGUUCGCGUGGCCGGCGUUGUUGUCCACUAUAGAGCCGCCCGAACGCACUGAACAGUCGGCCGAAGAAGCGGUCACUUUGGAGGACCAACCGGUGAUGAGGGGACGGCACAGGAAGUCGUGGCUAAAGACCGACUCUUCGCGUAUGAUUGAGAUCCGAACGAAUCAAACGAAACUCAUUGAGUCUGAGAUGAAGAGAAUCGCCGAACAGAAGGCCACCGAAGAGACGGCGCCCGCAGUGGAGGAGCCGAUGAACGAGACAUCGGUGUCGAGUCCGUGGUAUGUGACCAAAAGGGACCGCAAGAACUAUCACAUGAAGUCGUUGGACAAGUCGUCGUUCGUCUUCACCCGUAUUCGUCCCAAACGCGAGACUAACAAAAAAUAGUAUCACUUCUCAUAUCAUUCUCU